GUAAUAUGCCCUAGAGAUAAACUGCGACGUUUCUUUACAUAGUGAUAAUAUCAACUUUGUCGAAUGUCGUCAAUUACAAAACUCUGUUUCAAAUAGUGUGGACAGUGAUAAAUAUAACUAACACAUACUUAACUGCAUAAUUUUACAGACGUUUUUUAAGGAAAGAGUUACGUACACCACCUCAGAAAAUGUUGUAUGUUUUAGUUGCAAUACUUUGUCUGCUUGUGGUAAGAACUCAAUCAACAUUUUACUUUCGAAACGUGGAACCACAAUGUAUACAGACUUGUUUUUAUACAAUGAAUAUCGACGACGUGAUGGCUUAUUGUGAUGGCGACAAUAGCACGUGCGGUUGGCAGUGCGCGGCGCAGCGAAUGGGGUGUGAUGAGGGCUUCGUCUACCACUGUGCAAAAGACUUUCAAAGCCAUGGAUACAAAGAGGCAUGUGCGCCGGAGAAGUAUUGCAAUGCAGGGGAAGAGCCAUAUGUUACGUUUCCCGACCAGGCUCGGUCACCAAGAAACGCUGUGAUAAACUGCGCUCCCUGCACAGACGAAAAGUUUUACCACAGCCCAGCAGGACAGUCUUCUGCCUCAUACAGCCGAUGCAACCAGCAGAAGUUCAACAGAUGUAUCCCCGAAGACAACAAAAUUGACUGCGGUGUCUCUUGGCGUGAACGUAAGGAGACCGAUGGGUAUUGCCGGUGUGACGCAAGGAACGGUUACGCACCAGAAAACGAGAACGUGAAAACGAAGUGCUUCUACACUGACGAGUUUUGUGUCCCUAAAACCUGUCCACAUUCAUCACAGGAGAUGCUUUUAAACUACACGUGUGGUGAUAGGUGUCUCCCAGGAAUGCACAGAACCGAAGAAUCAGACGAAUGUGUUCCAGAAUAAAACGUCAUAAAUGUGUAAUUAGUGUUACACUUAAAACGAUAAGUUCUGGAGUCCAUAACAUUUAUUUAUCUCUUUACUCGUGUUAUAUGUGAAUAGCAAGCACUCGCUUGAGUUCAUAUACUUAUUAUAUCUCUUGACUCGUGUAAUAUAUCAAUAAUGAGUGUUCAAGUUAAUAUGACUAUCAUAUAUAUA